GCCCCCCAGAGAUCUCGGCCAGUGACUCGGUUUCAGUCUGUGCUUCAGCCUGCAGAAGAUGGACAGCGAAGAUGAAGAGAUGGGAAUGGAUUGGCUGUGGUUGUCUCAGAUGCUUGAAUCUGCUAUCCCUCCUUCUCCUGCCACAGUAAUCGACACCGGGAUACUCAGGCCAGAAGCUCCUGAGUUUGUGCCUCAGAGUCCACCAAUUGAAGAGCUGGAAGACUCUCAGUCCUCUUUGCCGACAACAGACUCUGCAGACAUCCCAUCCUUCAUUGAAGAGGAAGUUAGGGAUGAAGCUAAAAUUCAGGGAGAAGAGAGACCAGUGUGCUUGCAACCCCAGAGCCUAAAGAACAGCGAGAGUGUAGGGUUAUUCACCUGCCAAAGAGGCUAACAUAUGAUACUUUGGGUGAGAGCUCUGAAGAG